AAGAACGAGAAAGAAUGAGAAGAGUCCACUGGAAGGUGUGUAAGGGGGAGGGGAGACAAAGGAACCAAAUCGCCAUUAUUUAUCGCCAUAACCAUGACCGUUCCAAUUGUGAUACGCAGGCUAGGUUUAAGAUCAACAAUGAAGAAAAUUGUCAGACUAUGCCACUCAACAAAGCAAAAAGAGUUAUUUUUGAUCGGCGUUCCUUUCUCCGGCGGGCAGCCAAGAAAAGGUGUCGAGGAAGGACCAGCACGUUUAAGGAAGCAAGGCUUAGUCAGUAAAAUUGAGAAAUUAGGGUACAGAAUAUCAGAUUAUGGAGAAUUACAAGUACCUGACAUCAAAAAUCAAUAUUAUAGUUUAAGCAACACCUUGGUGAAAAAUCCAUUGGAAUGUGGCGCUGUGUCAGAGAAGCUUUCCCAAGAAAUAGCAAAAGCUAGUCUGGAAGGGAAGCUUUCUCUUACAAUAGGAGGAGAUCACAGCAUUGCAGUUGGCUCAGUAUAUGGCCAUGCAUCUGUUACAAAAGACCUGGGUCUAUUGUGGGUUGAUGCUCAUAUGGAUAUUAAUACUUCAGCAACAACCAAAAGCGGUAAUCUGCAUGGAAUGCCUCUCUCAAUGUUAAUCAAAGGCAUACCAGAGUUUCAAGCCAUUCCUGGAUAUGAAUGGUGUUCACCAUGUUUGUCUCCUAAAGAUAUAGCUUAUAUUGGACUAAGAGAUGUGGAGCCACAAGAAAGGGAGAUAUGUGAACAGCUAGGAAUUGCCUCAUACACCAUUGAUGACAUUGACAAAGAUGGAAUUGGAGAAAUUAUCGAGAAGGCUCUUGAAAAAAUUAACCCCAAUGGUGAUCGUCCAAUUCAUGUCAGUUAUGAUAUUGAUUCACUGGAUCCAAAAGAGACUCCAAGCACUGGAACCCCAGUGCGAGGAGGGCUCACACUGGAUGAAGGGAUUUACAUUGCUCAGAUAGUAGCUCAAACAGGGUGCCUCUCUGCUGUUGACAUGGUCGAGUUCAAUCCUGCAAUAGGAACUGAGGAAGAAGUAACAAGAACGGCCAAGAAUACAAUGAAGCUCAUUCAAAUCUUGCUGGGCAAGAAAAGCCAUCUUGACAAAGCUCCAUUACCUCCAGUUGACGACAGCAAAGCUUCAAGUGCAUAACAGAGGAGUGAGAGAUAUACAGGGGAUUCAGGACAAGGUUGCUGGCCAAGAAUAUUUACACGGUGUAGCCUUGUACCGGUACUGAUAAUUUACAAGGCCUGGUGAUAUAUUUAAUUAUUGCUGCAGGUGUUUUAAACAUCUCAUUGUAAGGUAUAAAGAUUUACAACAAUCUGGCUUGAAUCAAAUGAUUUUGUUAACCUCAGGUGACUCCAGAUUUGCUUAAAAGUCUAGGGGACCAUCAUUAAGUGUUUCAUUUGCCCAAUAUCUACUAUCAAACAAAAGUUGAAGGUAACCAUAGAUGUCGCAACGUGUGAGAGACUUCUUAAACACACAUCUUUUGUUUAACAAUACAUGUUAAUGUGGGCAGCUCGUAGACUGAUGAGCUGCUGGUAAACUAUAUUAUUUUGGAUAUCGACAGUAAUUGCUAAAUAUAAAAUAAUAACAGUAUAUGUCCACAGUAUUUAUACACAUAUGAUAUGUUAAUAUAUUAAAUACCUGAACCACUGCUAUGCAGGGCGAUUUGGUGAGAGCAGGAUUUUAUUGAGAGUAUACUAAUCCUAUUUUUAGCUAAACAUGUUAGAACAAAAUGGUAAAGAUGCAUAUUUAUUGCUGUAAAACCUGCUGUGUACAUAAAGUCAGCUAAAUGAAAUUGCUAAUAAAAUUAACAGUUAAUAAGAGCAAGUCACUGGAAUGUUAACAAAAUAUUUAUAUACUGUUCCUGAACCAUUGUUAAUAAAAUAAAUAGCAAUGAGAAGCUUCA